AUGGCAGACUCGCGUGGCAGCGCGACAACGACUCGCCCCAACAGCACCACCCGUACCACUGGCACUGGCCGUGCAAGGUCAACAUUGGAAUCCAGCACAUCAGCCGAUUUGAGUCUACAAACGACUAAUCCCGAAUACGGCGACAUUGGGCCGCCAGAGACUGAAGAUGACGAUGAAGACGAAGCGGACGAGCAAGUAGGGCAAAAUGGUACCGGCGAGAAAGUUAGCAGGCGUCGAACUCGGAAUCGCCGCCGAACCAGCUCGUUCGCAACGGGACGGUCGAUCGAUCUCACUCGCACCAUCACACGGCGGGAAAGUAUUCUGUCGCGGAUCCGGACGCGACAACCCAUCGGUCCGUUCAGUCACCCGUUGGAAAAUCAAAAGACCACGGUUGACGAGUUGGUCGAUUUUGAUGGGCCGGACGAUCCGUAUCGCCCCUUGAAUUGGAAUAUGACGAAGAAGGUCAUCACGACGGGCCUUUAUGGGUUCACGACUAUGAGUGCGACUUGGGGGUCGAGUGCGUAUAGUCCGGGAACUCAACAGGUUGCGCGGCAGUAUGGUGUGGGGAAUGAAGUGUCGACGUUGGGCACAACGUUGUUUUUGUUUGGGUUUGGGUUGGGGCCGUUGUUGUGGGCGCCUUUGUCGGAGGUUUAUGGUCGUAAGAAUGCUGUACUCCCUCCAAUGUUCAUCGCGGCUUGCUUCGCCUUUGGGACCGGGGCCGCCAAAGAUAUUCAAAGCAUCAUGAUCCUCAGGUUCUUUUCGGGAUUCUUCGCUUCAGCACCCGUCACAAACACCGGAGGCGUCCUAGCCGACUUGUUUCCCUCAUCUCAGCGAGGUAUAGCGAUUGCCUCAUAUGCCAUGGCAGUGGUCAUAGGGCCUGCUUUAGGUCCGAUCGUCUCGGCCGCGCUCGUGGUCCAGGUCGACCUGCGCUGGCGGUGGACCCAGUAUCUAACGGGAAUCAUCCAGCUGUUUAUCCUGCUGCUCGACAUCAUCUUUCUCGACGAGUCGUAUCCGCCGCGCCUGUUGGUCUACAAGGCCCGUCGACUGCGCCAUCAAAGUGGCAACUGGGCGCUUCAUGCCAAGUUUGAGGAAUGGGAUGUGUCGAUCAAGGAGUUGGCUAGGAAGUUUUUGAUUCGACCAUUUCAACUUCUUACGACUCCGAUUUGCGCCCUGGUCGCGUUAUAUGCCAGCUUCUGCUACGGUAUUCUGUACAUGCAGCUUGGCGCUAUUCCCAUCAUCUUCGCCGAAAACCGUCACUGGAAACAAGUGCCCUCGGAAUUGCCCUUUCUGGCCAUCAUGAUCGGUGCUAUGAUCGGUGCUGGGAUCAACGUCUACAACCAGCUCGUAUAUAACCGCAAGUCGGGGGGUAAGGUGUGCCCCGAGCUCCGUCUGCCGCCAAUGAUGCUUGGUUCAUUUCUGUUUAGCGGGGGUCUCUUCCUCACCGGCUGGACCGCCGACCCCAAAUACCACUGGAUCGCCCCCGUGAUUGGUCUGUCCAUGGCGGGCAUUGGCUUCUUCACGAUUUUCCAGGCGGCCUUGAAUUAUCUGGUCGACACGUUCCAGAGAUAUGCGGCGAGUGCCAUAGCAGCAAACACGUUCCUCCGGUCCUGUUUCGCCGGCGCAUUCCCGCUCAUUAUCUCGCCUCUGUACCAUAACGUCGGGAUCCCGUGGGGUACAAGCAUUUUCGGCUUCUUCGCCGCGGCAUUGAUCCCGGUGCCGUUUUUCUUCUUUUUCUACGGGAAAAGGAUCCGGAUGCGCAGUAAAUGGAGUCGGAAUGCGAAUGAACGAUAA